AUGCUCGAAAAUGGAACACUGAUGAGAACUGAGGAGAAUGUUGCAGUGAUGUGCGCUAUGUUGCAUUCCUUAUUGGUAGACCAACAAGACCAACCUCCCAAUGCAUCGGAAACUGAAGACUUCGAGGAUGAGCAGCAUUUAGUAGCUCGAUUUGUGCAUCUUAUUCAGGCUGAUACUCCCGACGAGCAGUUUUUGUUACUUAAUAAUGCAAGGAAGAUUUUGGGCGCAGGAGGAAAGGCCCGAAUCAAGUACACCUUGACUCCAAUUAUUUUCGAGCUUUAUAAGCUCAUCCUGCGAUUCGUUGAUCUCAAAGAUGAGGAGAAUUGGGAGGCAAAAAUGCGGAAAGAUGUUCAUGUGUGCGAUGGGAACAAUUGGUGCGUUGAUCACUACUGCGGAAAUGUCAGAUCUCCCGCUGAAGUUAUAUUUGGAGGUGGUGCUAUGGUUGCUGAUAAAGUGCCAUUGCCUGAUGCCUCUUCUGUUGUCUACGAGUUUAUUUCGAAGGCUGACCAAGUGCGAACGCUUUGCACUGUGGUGUCAUUAUAUUGGAAAGGACAAACCGCUGACUCUGACGGCAUGAUGAGGAAUGGCGACAAAGUUGUAGAGGUGAUGAAGAAGGCUGCUAAGAUUGCAACGCAGUGCCUUGAACCAAUCGUUCAGCAACAGCUUUUCGUUCAAAUAAUCAACACCCUUUUGUACUACUACGAGGACAACUGUCUUGAGGUUACUGAGAGUAUGCUAGUGGAGUUGAUAUCUCGCACAAAGGAAAAUGCCGUGCAGCUCGACGUAAGCGCCGAAGCUGACGCGCUAGAAAAGCACCUGGCUAUGACGUUGCAGCAUAUCAAAGAUCGAAGGAAAAGCGUCCGGGAUUAG